GAGAAGUGAAGUACAAUUGUGAGUAUACCCUUCCCCAUCUUUCUUUCUUUCUUUCUCUUGGCUUGAAGGUGGGCGCGGUGGUUCGGCUGCGCGAAAGUCAGCCAUCGCCGUUGCAGGAAAGUAGUGGAGCAAUAGAACGCUCUGUGGCCUGUACUCAACGAGCAACUCUCCCUCUCGGGAAAAUGAAGUACGUCGCCGCAUAUUUGCUGGCCGUUCUCGGCGGGAAGGCCCACCCUACCGCGGAUGACAUAGCUGACAUCCUAGAGUCAGUGAGUGCCGAUGUUGAUCACAAGAGGUUGGACAAGUUGAUGAAGGAGCUGGAGGGUAAGGAUGUGAAUGAAGUAAUUGCGGCUGGAAGGGAGAAAUUCUCCUCUGUCCCAUCCGGGGGCGGCGCAGGUGCCGCGAGUGCUGGCGGCGGCGGCGGCGGUGGAGGUGACGCAGCUGGCGGCGCUGCCGCGGCAGAGCCGGAGAAGGAGCCAGAGAAGGAAGCAGAAGAGGAGGAAGAGGAUGAGGAUAUGGGCUUCAGUCUCUUCGAUUAAGGAGGAAGGGUUUUUUUUCUCUCUACGUCCAUCUUUUUUGAAGAUGGCCAUUUCGGUGAACUCGUCGACUCUUUUUUUCAGCAAUCGAGGAGGAAGAGGAUGAGGAUGAGGAUAUGGGCUUCAGUCUCUUCGGUUAAGGUGGAAGGUUUUUUUUUUCUCUACGUCCAUCUUUUUUGAAGAUGGCCAUUUUGGUGAAGUCUUUGACUCUUUUUCAGCAAUCUUGAAAGGACAGUUCUGCCAAGGAUGCUAAAUACCGGUCACAGAUGACGCGGUCUUUACCUGCACAAAAAAAGCUGCCGGCCUGCUUGUCUGCUAUGUAAGGAUGAGGAUAUCUACGUAAUUAGUGGACUGGUAUGAGGGACAGAAUCUGGAACUAGGGCUGAGCUGAGCUGCUAUGUCAGGUUGCGCUGAAUCAGGUUUUGGUGGUCGUCUUCUCUGGCGGGGUGAAAAGUCGAGGGCAUAGUGCAGAGGAGAAAGGGAGGAAGCAUGGUAGGGGGGAGAGAGACAGGUCUGUACCUAUGGGCAGGGGGUGUGGGAUUGAUACUCGUAUGAGGGGACAGAAUCUGCCAAUUAGGGCUGAGCUGCCAUGUCAGGUUGCGAUGAAUCAGGUUUUGGUGGCCGUCUUCUCUGGCGGGGCUGAAAAGUCGAGGGCAUAGUGCAGAGGAGAGAGGGAGGAAGCAUGGUAGGGGGGAGAGAGACGGGUCUGUACCUGUGGACAGGAGGUGUGGGAUUGAUAUUCAGUGCUAUGGCUGUAAUAACAGAGGGUUUCGUUUCUCCUGUCUUUUUGAGAAAACAUUCUGAUUGAGAUGAGAUGAUGCCAAUUUCCCGCACAAAAAAGGUUAAAAAAAAAAAACAAAUCGAGCUCAGGGAAUAUAGCCCGCCCGCGUCAUCUUUCCCUCGCGCCAUUUGAAUGCCUGCGCAGCAAAUUUAACGUUGUCGUCAAUCUUAAUUAUUGACAGCAAAAUAAAGUUGUCGUCAUCGCGGACUUCAUCGUGGGCGCGCCAGCUUCAUGGUCACUGACGUCGCCAUCGUCUCAGCUGUCUUUUUGCAGAUCCAGAAUUAUUAGAGCGGGGACAGAGCCGGGGGACUGAUUCAGAAUAUGACAGCACGAACAGAGCUGGAGCAGGGGCAGAUUCAGAAUUGGAGCGGGAAUAGAGCGGGGGCAGAUUCGGAAAUGGAGUGGGAAUUAAGAAUUGGAGCGGGAAUAGAGCGGGGGCAGAUUCAGAACUGGAGCAGGGGGAGAUUCAUGGGGACAGACCAGGGACAGAUUCGCAAUUAGAAUGGGGAGAGAGUUGGGAAGGAUUCGUAAUUAUAGCACGGACAAAGUAUAUAGACACAUCCAGAAUCGGAGUGGGGAUGGAGCGGGGACUGACUCAGAAUCAGUGCAGGGGCAGAUUCAGUUUUGGAGCGGGGAACAGAGCGGGGACAGAUUCGGAAUCAGCACGGGGACAGAACGGGGACUGACUCAGAAUUAGAGCGGUGACAGAGCAGGGACAGAUUCAGAAACAAAGCAGGGACUGAGCGAGGACAAAGGCUCCGUCGAGGUGAAGCAUUCGAUUGGAAGAAGAGGGGCAGAGAUAAAAAAGAGAAGCGGUGGGAAGGCUGGGUAGAGGAAUGGGUGAGAGGAGACCCUCUACUGACAGGAGAGAAGGGAAAAAAGUCCAUAAAAAGGAGGGGCAGAUCAGAGCACCUUACUGUACCUUUGCCUGUUUUCUUUGUUUUUUUAUUCCUGUCUUUUCUAUAUACAAGUGGACCCGCCACGGCUUUGCGCGCGGCGAAGAGAGGGAAGAAGCACACAGGUUAUGUUUGAGAAAAAGGAGUGCACAUGUUGAUAUGAACUGCAGGCCUGAUAGAGAGAACCUUUGAACAUGCUGUCAUCAGAAGAAUGUCUGACAAAGGAGAAAUGCCAUUGCGAAGUGUGAAUGGAAAGAAAAAAACUCUCUCUCCCUCUCUCUCUCUCUCUCUCUCUCUCCCCCCUACAAUUUCGACAACACGCGUUUCGUUCCGCUGGCGUUACUUCCCCCUCUCCACAAUUGUACUUCGUCUUUGCUUCCACCUUCGCCUGGCAUCACUGCGUGUUGACACACUAUCGAACUUUCCCACAUGGUAGCGCUCCGUCGACGAUCCGCGUCGGAAUGCAUGGAAUAGCGCAUGCGCCGGCAUCGGCAGGCAACAACACCCAGAGGGAGAGAAAAAAAUGACAUACAUUUUCCCCGUUCUUGACGGGACAUUAAUUUUUUUGGCUGCGGUCUCGGGAUCCUUCGGCCUUCAGGCGCGUUGCUGUGCCAAACCCCGCGGACGAAAAACAGAAAAAAACAGAAAACACGCGAGUAGAAGCGCGGAAAGAAAAAAGGGCCGCAGCGUGACUACCGCUUUCUGCUGGGACCGUCCUCCCCCUCCUGUCCCUGCCACUUUCCCAAGACUGGUGGCCGGGUCUUGCGUGAGCGUUACGCGAGUCCCGCGAUUCGGUUUAAGAGUAUAGAGAUAUCUGCAAACAAAGAGCUUCCCGCUAA